ACUACCACUGACUACCACUGACUCCUCCUGACUACUCCUGUACAUCUAUUGUCCUCUCAUCUGUUAGGCCUCGACUCCAAGGCUGCUACUGUUGCUGCUACUACUGUGCGCCUAUCCACCCUCCGUCCUCUCGUCAUUCCAUCUACCGGCCUGAUCGCCAAUUCCACUGCGGCAACAUUGUCCUCGACCAGUCCUCGACCACCAGACUUCAUCGCACACCCAACCACCUACACCUACGCCAGUCUGUCGAGAAGCAGUGUAAGAGCAGGAUACAUCGUGCGCGACCUGCGACCUGCGACCCAGCCACACCUCAUCUCAAAUUCCUCUCCGUCUACUUCUUGAAUAUCAUCGCACACCAUGACCAGGAAUUCCAAUUCUUGACCAUCGACUGCACGGCCACUCCGUUUUCAACCUCGACCCCUCUUCCUCAACCAAUCUUAGAAUUAAAACAUCACCCGCCCAAGUGCUGAUCAUAGAAUGCCCGAUCUCCAUCCGUUUGGCGGGCGAAUGAGUCGACAUUUUUCGAAACUGGCUCCAGAAGACGCUUAUCUCAGUUACUACGAAGUUCGACUCACCAGAGAAGAUGUCUCGGUCCUCAAGAAUGAUUGGCUUACAGAUAAUGUCAUUGCAUUCUGGCAAGAAUAUCUCGAGAGGGAGUACCUCAAGAACUACAAGGCCACAAAUAUCAUCCUACUGCGCCCUUCGGUGACAUUCAUGCUUAUGAGAGCCAGAGAUGAUUCUUCAAUCAAGGAUGCCCUUCCAGAUUUCAAGGGCGUUUCUCACGUUUUCCUUCCCAUCAAUGACGAGAGCUCUGUUUCGACUGCCGAAGGUGGUUCCCACUGGUCUCUCCUCCUCGUUUCCAUUGUCGACGGCGUCUCCUUUCAUUACGAUUCGAUGCAUCAGAGCAACGCCCAAGAGGCUUAUCUUGCCACUCAAAAACUCUCAAAGGUCAUCAAUCGACCCUUGCGUUUCAUUCACCUCAACGAUAGUCCACAACAAGACAAUGGUUCAGAUUGUGGAGUCUUUGUCUGUCUGAACAUGCGCCAUCUCCUCUUGAAAAGGUUACUCAUGGUCCGAACUGAUGCCAAAGUCAGCAUGAGCCUAGGAGGAAGGAUGGUGGAUGCAGCGGCAGGUCGCAAAGAAAUGUUGAGACUGAUUGACGAAUUUCGGAGAGAAGGCGAACGAAGAAGAUCGCACAGCCAAUCUCCUCAUCCUGGCAGAAAGUCAAGGAGUCCGCCAAGAAUAGAUUCCCCAUUACCAUCGAGUAGAGACAGAAGGUGAUUGGGGUUGUCGCUGUCGCAAGAUUGAUUUCAGCCAAAGAGUAGACGAUGAUUGAUGACAUUAUUGAUUCUUUUCGGUCGCUAUAGGGGUUGCCAUAGACAUGGAUGGAGACUUGUCUAGGGGCGCAAGGAAUCAAUGAAUUAAUGAAGGGAAAUGAUGGGAAAUGACAUUAGGUUUACGAUUUCCCUUCAAUCGACUAGUCCAGACAUAAUAUACUGGAUAGAUAUCAUGAGGAUUCCAUCAAAUGUCG